GUCUGCUGUUGGCCAUUCGGUUUUCGUUGUUCACCGUGGUGGAUGCUGUGCUUGGACGUUCGAGCCUUUCGAUCGAGACUACUUGUGCCGAAAGGGAGCCAUCGUUUCUUCCUCCACUCUCGACCACUGUGUUCAAGUUUGGGAGAAAAAAGUUUCUGUUCGAACGAUUGCUAUUCUAGUUUUUUGCUCCCAAACGUGCAGUGUACGGCAAGUGUGAAGAAGAACACCUUCCAUUCCAGUGUGCUUCAAGUACGUUUCCGUACUCGUUUGCUGGACGAAAUAAAGGAUCAGUAAACCCACCUAACUGGUAUCGCUCGCUAGAGCAGCGUGCCUGUUCCACAGCAGAGACGGGAUCUCGGUGUUUCGUCAGCAAUCUACUUCCGUUCGCACAGGAGUCGAAUCGAGCGUUCAGGCAGUGUCCCUAAAUUCUUCGUCGCAAUUGUUGGGCCGCUCAGAUUGCUUGGCCAGGGCACGGGGAAUCGUUGAUGCGACAGGCUGAAUCAAUACAUCGAACUCGUAACUCCCGUUUUAAAGUGUACAUCUUGGCGAGGAAUGAGCGACAGUGAGCAAACGCUUUAGUAUUGUGGUGAUAAUUUAACACAACUGUGAGGAAGGUACUGGGACAGAAAUAGCAGUAGCAAUUAUUCCACAGUCUUGGGCUAGAAUCAGAAAGUGAUCUGCCGGAGUUGAAAUCGUGUUUCAGCAAGCAUUUGCAAGCGGUGGCAAAAAUCGCCCAAAAAGACCAAAAAGUGAAGUCAGAUUUUUCUUUCACUGACCCUGUUACUGCACAUCACAGCCAACGGGACAAAGUGAGACAGCAAAAGCAGCCCAGCGUUGCGAGUGUGAGUGUGACAGAGGGAGCCAACAGUGAAACAAAGGCGCAACGCAGGAGUGAGCGAGACGGACUAUCUAAAGGGGAGCUGUAAGUUCGGCAUAAGUGUGAGCGAAAGAGCAACACGAACUCGCCUGGAUGUGUGUUUGUGUGUGAAGGGUGUGUGUGUGGAAAAGUGAGCGAAGAAAAUUCAUACCAGCGCACGAGCUGCAGGAUACAGACGCAACGUUAUCGGAGCAUACAGAAGCAGGGAGGGACUGUCAAAGUAACGCAAUAGAAGUUUUCGGAUCCAAGCAGCUCGUGCUUAUUUCAUUGUUGACCACCGUCGGAAGAAGUGCUGCGCCGCGUUCUGUUCGGUUGUGCAGGCUGCUGCUACCUCUGGCCGUGUGGUCGCAAUUGAUUGCGUUUUGUGCGUACACCAUAGUCGCGUGUGGCAUUGUGUUAGUGCUCGGUCGCUCAAUUAAGUUUAUCGUGCUUUUGCUGCAAGUUUUUUUGUGACAUCAAUCUUUGAUUCAUUUUUGGGACUUUAUCUUUUCGCGAGCGUCGUGUGUGUGGACUUGUUGUGGAUACCGUUUUUGGGAUUUGGUGCCGAGGAAGAAAAUCUGUGACAAACCCCACCAUUGGCGCCUACUGCAACCGCGUGCCGAAGUAGUCGUAUGCGAAAUUUCCCAAUACGGUGUUGUGCCAGUGUCGUUCGGGAAAGCAAUAUUUUGUUACGGACAUUGCCAGGACCGUCCAGUCCUGUUAUUGCUAGCUGUGUGAACGGUGUGGAAAUUCGGUGAACGUCGGAUAAUACGUGGUAGCGAUAGAAAGAAGAAGAAAAAAAACACAACGUGAGACAAUAUGCUGAUUAAGCUGGUGAAAGAAGACUUUCCGUGUCUGAAAAACGGGUUUAUAUAACAUUAUCUUCGUGCUAUCGAGUUUCUUCGAAUCUACUUCAACAAGCCAUGACCACGACCCUUGCAUUUCAACAUCCAGAGUGCAUCCAUAAUGAUUAAUGUCUUCAAAAGGACAGAGGCUGAGCAGGAUGUUAUUCCGACGCGUGUGUUCGAUUCACCUAAUUGAGUCGCUGUAUUCGAGCACGCCUUCAACGCCUGAUCACUGACGCUAUGGCUUUCAUCGAUUACUACAUUAUCAAUCGACAGCAGAGAGUGAGCCUGGAGACUUCACACACCGUAGUGGUGCCCCAUCAUGCACAGCGGUAGCUCCAUAUCACCUAAACAUCCCGCCAUACCGAUAUCAAUCGGUAUAGCCUCUCUGGUACUUGAGGGAAGAUCAUCCGCGCUAGAUGACAGCUCGAUCCACGCUCCGUCCACGUCGUGUGCUGCCACCUCGAGCGUUCUCGCAAAUGGCCAUGGGACAGGCGACAGUGGUGCCGGCGGAGGAUCUUCCUCCGGUUCCGGAGGUGCCGGUGGCGAGGAUGAUGAGGACGGUGGGUUUUGCAGACAGAAGCGUUCGAGCGAGGGCACUGGAGCAGGGGCAUCGUCGCUUCAGCAGUGCAGUCUCUUGGCCAUCAACGAGUCACACGGCAAAUCGUUGGCAAUGUCCUGCUGCCACACACCGGACGAAGCGCAACGAAUCAAUCUGAAGCUACAGCAGAUACGAUCUUCCUGCCCAAGCACGAGCAAGGACGAAGUGCAACAGCUGGUGACAGUGUCGGGCGAACCGAGCCGACUGCCCGGUGGCCGCAGACAUGAGCGGGAGCUGUACCAAACGUACUCCAAUGCCACCGGUCAGCGCGAUUCCCUCGAACGGGGAACCGCAUCGUCAGCAUCAUCGGCUGUAUCCUGGGUAUCGCAUGACCACGCCGCCAUCUCAUCGGCUGCCGCUGGUGUCGUUAUCUAUAGUGGAUUCGAGAAAAUGAAUGUACUCGGUACCGUGUCGCCCAUCAAGAAUCACCCGAUGGGCAACAGCUUCAUAAACUUUUCCUCCCCAACGCCGACGGCGGGAGCUGCUGGAGCAACAUCGUCCGCUUCGGCCAAUGCUAUUCAGUCCCGCAAACCAGUGGCUGGCGGCGGGUCGUCUUCAUCAAAGCUACAAGCGUCGUCGCGUCCGCGCGAAGGACCGCACUGUGAGCAGUUUCUGAAGAAGAUCGGACUCAACAAGCCGGAGGCAGCUGAUGGACCGGAGCAUCACUGCAGCUAUCGCAACAAAUACUGCCUUCGCUGGCAGGUGUACUUCAAGCAGCUUUCGUCCAUCCUGACGAACGGUGAAGCGGUUUGCAUCGAGGUGUAUCUCGGACCGGAAAACCAUACCAUACUCCUGGAGCAAUGGAUUCUUAAGCUAGUGAUGACCAAAUCACCGGCAACCAUGACCAUCCAAUCGUUGUGUGCCGCCAUACGUAGUCAGCUGUACUUUUCACAAAUUUCGGCGUGGAGCGAUCUGAUCAAAAAAUCGCUCGAGCCGGACCUUUUCUCAAACCCGCGCAUAAAAAAGUUGAUCCCUGCGGCAAAGUGCAAAGCGGGCGGAGGGUCUCCCUUUUCCCUGGCACAGGCUAGGCUUGAUAUUCUGUUUCGCAUUCGAACAUACGACAAUACUGCGUGUUUUAACGAGAAACCGAACGUUCACAACUUCCCCGAUGCGAGUGUGGCGGACAAUUUCGUGAUACAGGUGUGUCUCAAAAGUUUGCCUCGGCUUGACCGCAUACCCGGAAUCGAUGCCGCGUUGGAUGCAGCGAAGAUGAGUGCAACGCUGCAGAAGCAACAGCAGGUUGACCGUAUACCGUUGCCCUGCCACGAGAAGGGCAAGCAUCGGUGCGCGUUUAGGGUUGAGCUGGAGGAAGAGGAAGACGACGAUGAUUCAUCCAUGGUAGAGGGUGGGAUGGAAGGCGAAGCGGGCGACGGCGAUGUUGGUGGCGAGGACAGUAUGUUGCUCACAUCUGCCGCAAUCAGCCAUCGCGAGAAACAGCUGCUCAAGUACAGAAAGCGAAUGUUGAAGCGUGAAAAGAAAAAGAAAGCCGGCGGCGCUGUGGGAGAAGGAAACAGCAAUGCGAGCCCUACGAGUAGUAGCAGCAACACUAGCAGCGGAGCAACCAGUGUCAGCGAUCGGAACGGAUCCGGAUCCGCCGAUGGGUCAUCGUAUUUGUCGGCAAAAAGUUGUUACAUGAGCGGUCAGAUCGGACCGUUGGGUAACAAUAUGGGAAGCAAAAGCAACCACCCCUCCACGGAACCAACGGCAAACAAUGCGUGUAGCAAUGGAAACUGUCGCAAUGCGUUAACAUCGUCCAUUAAUUCAAUUCAGCCACCGCUUUACUCCUCCACCGAUCGUCACCAGGCAAUGAUGGUGUGUGAUGAUCGUUUUCAUGCGAUCGCUACCAACUCGAAAUCCACCCAAACAGCAACGGCUGCAUUAUCGAUCGACCUGCUGUUGCCGCCGCUCGUUUCGGUAGCGACCCAAACGGAACCCACUGUUUCCACCGCAAUGGUUUGCAGCGAUUGCAAAACUAGAUCUUCCCGGACGGCAAGCGGGAACGAAACGCGCUCCUCACCAGCGAUGAGUGAGCCGGCGCAGCGCGAGAUGGAAGUUAGCCAAAACAUGAACCAUGCCAGCAGCAGCAUUAGCAGCACAAACCGUGAUAGAAAUAUGCAAUAUUUUAACGAUUACUAUAGGACUUACGAUAUUAUCAAUGAAAACUGUGAUAAAGGUCCAGAGGCGCCUGUCGGGUGCGGUAAGCAACAGCAGCCGGGCCGUGCUGAUGUGCACAUGCAGGAUGGCGGCUUCCGUAGCGUCCAACAGUCAAAAUCGAACGGUAAUGGAGUGAGCGGUUGCGAUUUACCCGACACGUUUCGUAGACCGUGCUUCAUUGUCGGCGGCGAUGGGUACGAAGGGGAUGAAGAUGACGAAAGCAGUGCGCAGAAAAGGAACCGUGCAAUCGCAAACGAAGCACCCGCCCUUCAGCAGGGCGAUCUGCUCCUUCAAGCCAUGCAAAGAACUGCCAUGUUGAAUGGGUCGAGUGAGAGAGACGGCCAGGAGCGGUAUGGCAGGGCGAAAAAUGUGCAUGGAAAUGUGGCUUUAAACAACAACAAUUACACCACUGCAAACAACAACUUCGUCGAGCGUGAUAGGGGGAAGGAUGGGUCCGCCGUUCCGGUGGCAAAUGGGGGGAAACAGCACGAGCAGCAUACAGAAGCCACUAGAGGCGACGAAACGGGCGAGAGGAAUGGUGCGAAAUUGGCAGCAGCAAAUUGUGAAACAAGCGAAUGUGAUACCUUCAGUAAGGAAAAGAAGCUAGAUUUAGGUGACUGUCGUCUGUGCAAACGACAAAAAACGAAGCAUAAUUUUAAACUAAACCUUACCCCAUUGCUCUCCUCGGCGGCCGAGGUGCCCCCGUCCUCUUCGAAAAAGGAAGCAUCGAAGAAGACGACGAUGAUCGCUGCGAGCACGGUACUGGACUGUGGAUCAACGCCGCCGGGAUGCCGUCGAACGCUGUCGGAGAGUUUAGUGGGACAUUUUACCAUACCAGGAUCUUCGGCCAUGGCAUCCGGGUCAAACGGCCACGGCGCAGCUAAUUAUGAAGGCCCCGAUAGCGAAACCGUUCAUUCUGGACGUGGGAUGAAUGAGGCGUACGGGCUUGCCUAUUCCAACGUAGAAAAUCUUAGCCCAGGAGACAGUCCAAUGCUGAGCAGCUCGACCGGCGCUGUUGGAAAUGGCAUUUUUACAUUCGAACAGAUGAAAUCGUACAGGCGCGCGUUCUCGGAAGAUGUGAUUGACACGAUCACCUCCCUUGGCCCUCGAUCGUACGCCGGCAAUGAUCGCACCCAAACCACCGAAGAGGAUAGCACCGACGACACUGACGGCAGCAACGGUGGUGAUAAUGAGGUCGAACAGGAGACUCAUCUACAGCAGUCGGGCGGUUGCGUUGACCAUCGUCGUACAGCCAGCGGCGAAAGCUCACGUACAGCGAUUGGAACAUCGGCCAAAUGCGGGCAUCAAAGUACACGCCGUCAUCGGCCGCAUACCUCUACGCCAGCAGGGAAUGAUACCGUGUGUAAGGAGCCACUCUACAUCAGCUGCUCCGAGACGGAUUGUUCUGUCAGCACUGCAAGCAGCGUUUCCCCUCACAAGAAACAAAUUCUGAGCUGUGCUGCCAUCGGAAGCGCUACGAGCACCUCAGAAGGCAGGACAACCGCUAGGGGAGAGGAUUUCUCCAAUACCCUAAAGCAGCAGCUCACACAGCACAAAACAUCUUCAAAAAUCAACCUCAACUACGUGUUUUGCUUGUCACCGCUGGCGCGCGAUGAUUCCGGCUUUACAAGCGGUAGUAGCCCGGCCACUUCAACCACCUUUCCUGCCACUUCCCCGAUCGCGAUCGAUGACGCAGGAACGUUUGGCAAAGCUACGAAAAGCGUUCGAAUGACCAACAGCGCGCACAGCGCGGGACUGUUUCGUUACGACUUUGAAGAGACCCCGGUCAGUCCGUUAUCGGGCACUAUCAAAUCAAAAUCCGCCCCUGCCUUUCCAUUCUCCCCGCCGUUGGGCGGUGGUGCCCUGUCGCCACGCUUUUUGCGAAAUGCCCAGCGCCAGUUUCACCAUCGCUCCCGGUACCCCUCGGAACGAUCGUCCUUCUCAGAGCGUUCGUCUAUCGGCUCGGAUGAGCAGUUUUCCGAUGACGAUCUAUCAUCCUAUCUGUUGGACUCAUCGAACGGCGGCAGCUACUGCAGUCCACUCUCGGGACAUCAACUCCUGCCGACGGAGGAAGGGGGCGUUGGGUCCGCUCUAAAGAUGGGUCGUUAUAUGGCGUGCACCACUGCUGGCCUGCUGCCAACGGCGCAGAUGCUGAGCAAGGUGCUAAACAGGAACCUGUUCCGGUUUGGACGUGCACCAAUGCUCGGGACGCUGGAAGAAUCGCUGCUGCAACGACGGCUGAGUCCGAAAUUCCAGGUCGCCGAUUUUAAGGUGUUGCUGGGCGCCUCUGGCAGCUUCUGUCCGACACAGCUCACCAUACCGGCUGCAUCCUACUUCUACGAGCUCCCUGGGCAGCACUUAACUACACCGUAUGUGUGUGAAUUACGUCUUCCAAGAAAGGGAUACUCGAUACCGCGCACAGGCACCGUCCAGGCAACGUUGCUCAAUCCGCUGGGAACGGUGGUGCGGAUGUUUGUCGUGCCGUACGAUUUUCGAGAUAUGCCAGCUAUGUCCACUACCUUCAUACGGCAGCGCAUACUCGCCUGUGACGAUAGCAGCCUCAAGCUGCUCGGCAAAAACAUCGAACAGCUCAGCAAUGCCGAGCAAAUGAAGUUGCUGCGUUAUGCGAUCCAUUUGCGGUUUCAAACAUCGCGAUCUGGAAAACUGUCGCUUCACACAGACAUCCGGCUGCUGAUUUCCCGCCGCACCGACUGUGAUACGGCCGCUGCCCAUGCGAAAAAUUUACUCGAGUCCCCGAACGAACUGAAAGUGGUUACCAUCGUACCGGAUAAUCCCAAGUUUAGUUUACGUAUUGAUAAGCAGCAGUAGUGUGGCUUUAACAAACUCUCCUCUAUCCCAUGCGUGGUACGGCGAUUGAGCAUUCGAGGUGUGUGAGAAUUUCGUCAACAGUCAACCUAUCGACUGGGGGGGGGGCCUACUAGACACACUGCUCUAUAUUCUCUCUUUUCUUCCGCAAAUCCAACCGUAGAGAGGGAUUUAUUAUCGUUUUGGAUGUUUUUUGUUUCUUUUUUGUUUGUCAUACCGAUUGGCACUAAAACCGGGCGAUUGUUAUUCAUUAAGGAAUUUUACUUGUUUAAUGCGUUUUGUUUUAUAAUAGCUAUAUGCAAUUACAAUGUUUCGAAAAUAUUUGUGUUUAUCGUACUUUGCUUUCUGCUAAUCAUUUUACCACUUCAGUACAGUGUGAUCUCUCUCGCUCGGGCUCGAUAAGUUCAAUAACAUGCAGCAGUUUCUGCAAGUUUAUUUUCGUGAAAGGAAUCUUGUUCCCCCAGCUUUAGAGUAUAGCAAAAGAGUCAAUGAUUUAAACCAACUGGGGAAUGAACCGGGAAAGUUGUGCGUCGCGCAGGUAAUGAAGCAACAGAGCAAUUGAAGUUAAAUAGUUGGCACGUGUGAUGGGGAUGAGAAAACGAAAACUUUAUCAAACGGAAUCGUAGGAUUAAUUCUAAAUGGAGAAUGAAAAUCAUUGGUGAGUCGGUGAAAACCCAUCUGCAAAGAUACAAGCAAUUGUGAUCUAUAGAUCGGUGUAUAGAUUUAUGCUUCAACUGUGAUUGACGAAAAGCGUAAAUUGUAUGUUAGAUACAAACACAAACUGUGUAUAAUCCGAUGGGAUGUGUGUAUGUGUAGGCGAAUGAAAAGAAAUGGUAAACAAAUUCACAGAAAGGAAGAAAACAAGUGGGAAAUAUACUAUCAUUCCAGAAAGAAUGGAAAAACGAUGCAAAACAGAAUGCCAACAAUACCGAUACGUGGAAGAAUCACAAUGGAAAGUGAAUAAAAAUACACCGUUUAUGUUUUGAAAAAAACAAAAAAACGAUAAAAGGACGACAAACAGAUGAUAAUACCGCAAAUGUACAUAGCACGUUCUUACAUGUGAUGCGAGGGCAAUAUGACGAUGAUGAUGAAGGCGAAGAUUUUGCAGAUUGUUAUAGAACGAACGCCUGUGUUCAUUUGUUCGUUACGCUUGUGCUCUUAAAGACAAUGUUUAACAAAACUAUACUUUCGCGCUGGGUUCGCAUUUACGCUACGACACGUUGAGUUCAUGCAUUGCGUACACACAGGCAACUGGUUUACUUCUUCAUCCCCUCAUAAAACUAAUGUUUGUUACACUUAGUGUAGGAAAAAAGUAGUGUAAAGGCAGAAGCAAUGCUGUGAUGCUGCUUUUUUUUUUGCUGUUCUUCAAACGUUUCCCGUGUCGUAUUCAUCUUGGCAUUGAGCAAAGUAAAAUUUAUCUCGCAGGAAGAUUAAAUCUUUCUAGUGUAAUUUGCCAACAAUCCCUUUCCUGUCUUCAUGUUAGUGAAAUAUUUGCCGCGAUAAUAACGAUAUCAUCCCCCUAUGUCGAUAAUUAGCGAAAAAAUCACGAACUAAGGAUUCAACAGAUGCGCAUACACACUAGAUUCAACACACUGCCAUAUAAGCGGAAUGGGAGGAGAGAAAGAAAGCACGCCAAAGCGUUGUAAGGCGUGCCGAUAGCCGAUGAAUGGAUGCGUAAAAAGUUGUACUUUAAUAACGUAGCUAAAAUUCGUUCUUAUAGCGCCUAAUGUUGCAAGUUGACUUUACCGGCAUUGGAAUGUGUAUGGAGUUAUACACGUCGGCUCUAUAUAUGUAUGUGUGUGUAUGUGUGCGUGUAAUAGCGGUGCUUUUUCUCCUAGAUAAGCAAAAAGGCGAAUUAAUACACAUAAACUUGGACUGUUCUUUUUGAACAGAAAAUAACAAUAAUAUCUUCGAUGUCGUUGGAAGGGUUCCUGCAAAUUGGUAUGCCGCCAGGUUACGAGUUGGAAAGCAGACGCUCGCGUAUAUGCGUUGUUUAUGUUUUGUUGUACACUUAACUUGUUUGUAAAGCUCACGUGCGUGGGAGGGAUUGAUUUGUACUAACGUCCUGUGCAUAUCCUACGAUCGGCAAAUACUACAGCACCACUGAUCAGGCAGCUUCGUUCCGAUUGCCGUCCCGACGCUUAGUGCAUCCGUGGGACACUGUGUGCUUUAGAACAAGUAAUUAUUUUACCAUAAAAUAACUAGCAACAUUGCCACCGAGAGAUGAGUUUAAGAAAUCAUUACUAAACAUUACUAAACAACCACAUAGGGCACAAACUCACACACACACACAUACACACAGCUGUGUUUGUGCACAGAUAGAAUGAACAGCAAAAAGCAAAACAAGUAAACUAGUCACAGACCCUAAAAUGAGUCCUUUUACUCAUCGCAAGUGUACGCGUGUGUACGAAUACUUUGUUUUUAACCACCGGAGUCACAACAUUUCAAUUACCAUCAAAUAGAUUUCUCCCAUCAAAUUGAUAUCAGAAAGACAAACGGAUAAUACGGAACACGAUUGCAAUGCCAUUUUCCUCCGACACAGCAAUUAGGGCAAAAACCCAAAAAAAAUUAUAAGGAAGGGUAAAUUUUUACAACUCGUUUCUGGAUCUAUUUUACGUUAAUCCUUAUUGCAUCCUUAUUGCGUAUCUUUUGAUUCUGAGCCCGACAACCGCAUCAACGCGCAUUCAAACUGUAGAAAUAGGUCUGGGGAGUGGCACACGAAUUCAACUGGCUGGAUCAGAGUGAAAGUUAAACCAAAAACUUAAGAAAAUACUAUACAAGGUAAACGAUACAGUAGUAAAAUAGAAAGCAAGUUGAACCAGAGUCGAGACAUAGGAACAUUACGAAAAUAGUAACAUUGUAAGCUAUGUAGAAACAGGAUAACGGAAGGGAAUUAAAAAGAGAAAAAUGAUAUAAUAAAAAAAAACAUACAAACACAAACACUUACACCAACACACAACACACACACAUACACACAAGUGAACGGUAUGAACAAAAUGAUGAAGAACAGAAUAACAAUAUACAUUUACUAUAUAUUUAUAUAUACACAUUUUUUCAGAAAAGUAAUGAAAAAUAUUUAACGAAAUAAUAAAGAAAAACGAAAUCAUAAUUCGCUAGAUGUUCAGUUAAAGAUUAAAAAUAUAA